UCCACGUGGUAUUACGUGUCCUAUAAGAAGCAAAUGUUUAAUGUCCGCGUGUACAGGAGUUGACUUUUUCUUUUUAGGACCACAAGCCUGCACGAGGGUGAAAAUGAAGUUCCUGUUCGUGCUGUUAGUGUUGGGGAUCUUAGCUUCUGUCGAGGCCGGUGGUUAUAAAAGACGCCCCGCACCAAGGCGUAUGUUCAAAGGAUAUGGCAAAGGCAAAGGCGGCGGAGGAUACUGGUAUGGUGGGAUGGGUGGCAUGGGCAACAUGGGAGGAUGGGGAUAUGGAGGUGGCAUGGGAGGCUGGGGAUACGGAGGCGGUGGUAUGGGAUACGGCGGCUGGGGAUACGGAGGCGGUAUGGGAUACGGAGGAUGGGGAUACGGAAGCGGUCUAGGUGGAUAUUACGGAGGAUAUGCAUCAUCCUAUCCUAGCGUAUCAUCCUAUCCUAGCGUAUCUUAUGCAUCAUCCUAUCCCAGCGUAUCUUACGCAUCAUCCUAUCCCAGUGCCUCUUAUGGAGGAUAUUACAGUGGAUAUCCUUCCUACGCCGGAGGAUACUACAGCGGCGGAUAUCCCGCGUACAGUGGGGGAUAUUACUCUGGUGGCUACCCCUCGUACAGCGGUAGUUAUUAUGCCGGUGCUAGUUAUCCUACCUACGCUGCAGGUGGUUUGGCUUCCGGUGGGAUCGCCGCAGCAGGAGCAGCCGUUCCCGCGGCAGUUCCGGCAGCAGCAGGAGGUAACGUUGCCGCCUUGGGAGGCACAUCUUUAGCCUCUGCCAUUGGUUCCAUUGGUUCAUUCGGAACCGGGUCUUCCGCCGGCUACUAUCCCCUGGGAGGUGCUACUUAUGCAGGUUGA